AUGGGGGCUGCAGUGCAGCGUCCAGCUCUCCUGCUGCUCUCAAUACUCCUGCCUCUGAUGAAGACCAAGACCCAUAGUGGCGCUGGGUCACACUCGCUGCGGUAUUUCGUAACCACGACUGCAUCUCGAACUGGUCCUCAAGGUCUCAAAGUCUUCGCUGUUGGCUACGUGGAUGACACUCAAAUCCUGCGCUUCGAAAGUGACAUGGCUACUAAGAUGGAACCGCUCGUGCCAUGGGCGAGGCUGAUGGGCAGGGAUUAUUUGGAGUGGGAGAGAGUAGGUAUGGAGAGAUAUUCACACAAGGCCCGAGAAAAUGUGAGAUUUGCACUCCAGAUCUAUAACCAGAGCAAUGACGACCGACGCUUCCUCCGUGGGCACUAUAGACAUGCCUUUGAUGGCCAUGAUUACAUCAGCCUGAACGAGGACCUGAGAACUUGGACUGCCGCAGACAAGACGGCUCAGAUCACUCAGCGGCAGUGGGAGGAAAAAAAUGUAGCACAGGAUUGGAGGCUCAUCUUGGAGGGCCAGUGCGUUGCUUGGCUACUCAGACACCUGGAGCUAGGGAAGGAGACUCUGCAGCGCUCAGACCCUCCAAAGGCACAUAUAACUCAUCACCCCAGACCUGAAGGUGAUGUCACCUUGAGAUGCUGGGCCAUCAGGUUCUAUCCAUCUGAGAUAAUCCUGACCUGGAAGAGGGAUGGGGAAGACCAGACCCAGGACAUGGAGCUGGUGAACACCAGGCCUGCAGGUGAUGGAACCUUCCAGAAGUGGGCAGCUGUGGUGGUGCCUUCUGGAGAGGAGCAGAGAUAUACAUGCCAUGUGCAACAUGAAGGGCUGCCUGAGCCCCUCACCCUGAGAUGGGAGCCACCACCUCCUUGGCCCACAAUUGGAAUGACUGUUGGUGUGGUUCUCCUUGGAGUUGUGGUCACUGGAGCUGUAGCUGCCCUUGUGAUGAUGAGGAAGAAAAGUUCAGGUAGGGAAGGGAUUGGUGUCUGA